UGCUCUCCCACUCACAAUUACUCAGAACAGAGACGAAGACAACGAAACGACUGCGAGAGCUUGUUACUCCAUUUUCAUCAUCAAUACUCUGCAAUCACAUGUGAUUGGGUUAUAAAUUGAUUGACAGACAGUGAUCAGUCCAUCAAAAGUGUGUUCGGAUUGAGUGAUAUAUAUAUUAUAUACAGAAAGAGUUUAGCAUUCAUAUCUCAAUUCCUUCCAAUCAAUGGCGGAAACAACUAAAGAGAAGUUACUAAAUAACCAUACAGAGAAACAUUUUACUGCAGGAGCAAUUGUGAGAGAUGUGAUUAUUGGUGUUUCAGAUGGUCUUACUGUUCCAUUUGCUCUUGCUGCUGGUCUCUCCGGUGCUAAUGUCGGUUCUUCCAUUAUUGUUACUGCUGGUCUUGCUGAAGUUGCUGCAGGGGCUAUAUCCAUGGGUCUUGGAGGGUAUCUUGCAGCGAAAAGCGAAGAGGAUCAUUACUAUAGGGAGCUAAAGAGAGAACAAGAGGAGAUCAUCAAUGUCCCUGAUACAGAGGCUGCUGAGUGUGAAGAAAUUCUAGCAGAGUACGACCUACAGCCACAUGAAUAUGCACCCCUGAUUAGUGCUCUUCGGCAGAAACCCCAGGCAUGGCUGGAAUUUAUGAUGAAGUUUGAACUCGGGCUAGAGAAGCCAGAUCCAAGAAGAGCAUUAGAGAGUGCAUUUACGAUUGCAUUCGCUUACAUCCUAGGUGGAUUAGUACCCCUCUCUCCAUACAUGUUCAUCCCAGACGCUAUGAAAGCUAUGCUAACCUCAGUGGGCGUCACAUUAAUAGCAUUACUGUUUUUUGGCUAUGUUAAGGGUCGCUUCACCGGAAAUCGACCUAUCAGAAGUGCUUUGGAGACGGCUCUGAUUGGAACUAUUGCCUCAGCUGCAGCUUAUGGAAUAGCUAAGCUUGUACAAGCAAAAUAAGCUAAAAAGAAGAUCCAAACCGCCAAACCAGAAUGGCACUAAUCGUUUUUCUUUUUCUCUCUAUCGGACAGAGUUUAUCAGUUUCAUUCUCAUAAUUUCGUUAUCUGCUAUCAAUUGUCUAAUGUAAUCCCAUAUUCCACUUUAAAUGGAAUCGUCUUGUGUCCUCUGCUUGAUAUAAAUCAGCUCGAGCACUUUAGUCUGUAAGAGUAUUAUCAUCCCCCAGAAAAGCAGUGGUGCAGGGAGAAUAUCCGCGCACCAAGUGCAAAGUUAUGUUGCCAUAAAACAGGUGAGAAAAUCAAACAACUUGGUUUUCAGAACAGCAUCUUUAGCUGAGAUGGGCACGCCCACGCGUGAUAUCUUCUUUAUGCAAU